UUCUCUCGAAAAAAAAUCAAUAAAUUUCGUGUCUGUAUAUAAUGAAGAGAUUCUCAUUUUGCUGCAUCUCAGGCAAAGUUUCCAAGAAGAGAAACCAGAACUCAGAAAAGAAAUCGAGAGAGACCAUGGAGGCUUCAAGGAGAGAUGACGCCAUUGACAAUGCAGAGGUCGGAAAAGAGAAGAAUCCCGGCAAUAUAAUACUGAAUCACGACUUCUCCUCCGGUUUACAGUCUUGGAACGCAAACUUUUGCAAAGCAUUCGUCGCCUUUCCGGAAAGAGAUGUCUCUCCCAAUGUUUCAGACACGUCGAACUGCAGAUACGUCGUUGUAACGGAUCGGAAAGAGACUUGGCAAGGCUUGGAACAAGACAUCACAACACGGGUGAAACCUGGUCAUGUCUAUAAACUCUCUGCUUGCGUCAGUGUCUCUGGACCAGCCGAGGUUUUGGCCACGUUGAAGCUUGAACACUUGGAAUCAGAAACAAAGUAUCAGUUCAUCGCAAAAGCUUGUGCCUUUAAGGAGAAGUGGGUGAAGCUCCAAGGCAUGUUCUUGAUCCCAACCUUACCCGACACAGUUGUUUUCUAUCUGGAAGGCCCAUCCCCCGGGAUCGAUCUCCUCAUAAAAUCUGUCUCCAUCCACGAAGAGGGCAAACCCGAGGGUGAGCUGGAAGAACGUGCAACGAGAGGAGAUGAAAACGUGAUCUUGAACCCGGAUUUCGUUGAUGGAUUGAACAGUUGGUCCGGGAGAGGAUGCAAGCUUGUGUUGCAUGAAUCUAUGGCGGAUGGUAAGAUAUUACCUGAGACGGGUAAGGCUUUCGCUUCUGCUACAGAACGAACACAGUCUUGGAAUGGUAUUCAGCAGGAAAUCACCGGAAGAGUUGAGAGAAAACGUGUCUACGAGGCUACUGCAGUUGUUCGGAUAUACGGAAACAAUGUGACAGAUGCUAAUAUUCAGGCAACACUAUGGAUUCAGAACCUGAAUCAGCGUGAACAAUACAUUGGCAUUGCAAACGUGCAGGCCACUGACAAGGAGUGGACACAAUUGCAGGGGAAGUUCCUCAUCAAUGGCUUUCCAUCCCGUGCAAUCAUAUUCAUCGAAGGUUCGCCUCCAGGAACCGACAUUCUUGUCAAUAGCUUUGUCGUAAAACAUGCGGAGAAGUCCCCUCCAUCGCCGCCUCCACAUAUCGAGAAUCCGGCUUAUGGAGUAAACAUACUUACGAAUAGUUCAUUAAGCGAUGGAACGACCAGCGGAUGGUUCCCGCUUGGGAAUUGCACGAUGAACGUCGGGAAAGGCUCGCCUCGUAUACUUCCUCCAAUGGCGAGAGAUUCACUCGGAACACACGAGCCUCUGAGUGGCCGAUACAUUCUCGUUACCAACCGGACUCAGACAUGGAUGGGACCUGCCCAGAUGAUCACUGAUAAACUGAAACUCUUCCUCACAUACCAAGUUUCGGCUUGGGUUAAGCUCGGUUCUGGUGUUGCCGGUCCUGAAAAUGUAAAUGUUGCCCUCGGGAUCGAUGACCAGUGGGUUAACGGAGGAUUAAUUGAGAUAAACGAUGAUAAAUGGCAUGAAAUCGGCGGUUCUUUUAGAAUCGAGAAGUAACCCUCUAAGGCCAUGGUCUAUGUUCAAGGUCCUUCAUCAGGUAUCGAUCUAAUGGUCGCAGGAUUGCAGAUUUUCCCCGUGGAUCGACAAGAAAGAAUCAGAUACCUUCGACGACAAGCUGAUAAGAUCCGAAAAUGCGAUGUUAUCCUCAAAUUCUCGGGAGUCGAUACAAGCAAGUUGUCUGGAAUUGCAGUAAAAGUCAGACAGACGAAGAACAGCUUCCCGUUGGGAACUUGCAUUAGCAGAUCAAACAUAGACAACGAAGAUUUCGUGGCUUUCUUCGUCGAGAACUUCAACUGGGCGGUUUUCGCAAACGAGCUGAAGUGGUAUUGGACCGAAGCAGAGAAAGGGAAGUUCAACUACCAAGACGCCGACGAAAUGCUCGACUUAUGCAUCAGAAACAACAUCCAAACAAGAGGACACUGCAUAUUCUGGGAAAAGGAAACAGCAGUUCAGGAAUGGAUCAAACAAUUGAACACAUCUGACUUGAAAACCGCCGUCCAAAACCGCCUCACAGAUCUUCUGAACCGAUACAAGGGAAAGUUCAAGCACUACGACGUGAACAACGAGAUGCUACACGGAUCUUUCUUUCAAGACAAGCUGGAACAAGACAUCAGAGUGAACAUGUUCAAGACUGCAAACCAGUUAGACCCGUCAGCUGUACUGUUCGUGAACGAUUACCACGUGGAAGACGGGUGCGACCCGAGAUCGAGUCCCGAGAAAUACGCCGAUCUGAUUCUCGACCUGCAGGAAAAGGGUUCUCCCGUGGGAGGUAUCGGAGUUCAGGGCCACAUUGACCGCCCUGUAGGAACGAUUGUAUGCUCUAACCUGGACGAGCUGGGGACAUUAGGGAUACCAAUCUGGUUCACAGAGCUCGAUGUCUCUUCCAUCAACGAGCACGUGAGAGGAGAAGAUCUGGAGGUAAUGCUGUGGGAAGCUUAUGCUCAUCCCGCGGUGGAAGGGGUAAUGCUAUGGGGAAUAUGGGAGCUUUUCAUGUUCAGAGAGAACUCACAUCUCGUUAAUGGCGAAGGGGACGUUAACGAAGCGGGGAAACGGCUUCUGGGUGUGAAGAGAGAGUGGCUUUCUCGUGCCAGUGGAAGCGUGGAUGGGAAUGGUGAGUUUGUGUUCAGAGGAUACGAAGGGAGUUACACUGUCGAAGUGGCGGGCUCUUCGUCUGAGAAGAAGCUUCUGAGAACUUUCACAGUUGAGAGAGGUGAUACGGCUCAAGUCAUUUCCGUUGAUCUUCAAGGUGGUGUCUGAAUGUUAUGAUUCUGUCUUCUUGUGUGAAUGAAAUGGUUUUCUACAUUGUUGAAUUUGGGUUGAGAGAUUGUGACGUUGUUCUUAUUGUAAAUGAAAGUUUAUUCAACAGCAUUAAAGAUAUCAGAUUUGAUCAUAAAAAGG